ACUUCCGCCGCGUAACCUCUGAACCCGGAGGUUUCCCACGUGGAUCAAUGGAGGCGAGCAGAGGAAACGUGCAGAAAGCCGAACAGAGAGCCGGGAUGAAGAAAACAGAGAAAACGAACAAAAAGAGGAGUAAACAGGACGAUGAAGAAGAGGAGGAAGAUCAGCUCUUCAAUUUGAACAACAAAUCUUUGGAAGAAGAUGAUGAAGAUUUAUCAGACAGCGAGGAGAGCGUCUACUCAGGACUGCAGGAUUCUGGGAGUGACUCUGACGAAGAGGAAGAGGAGGAAGCAGAGGGAGGAUCAGAUGAUGAGGAUGAACAGGACCAGAAUGAAAAAUCGACUGUGAAGAAGAGCAAGAAGAAGGAAAGAGCAGAUGAAGAAAAGGAAGUGAAGAAGGAAGACGAAUACAACCAUGACACGUCAGACGAGGAGGACAUCAGGAACACGGUGGGAAACAUCCCCAUGGAGUGGUACAAAGACUUCCCUCACGUCGGCUACGAUUUAGACGGGAAGAAAAUCUUCAAGCCGAUCAGGAACAAGGACGAACUUGAUGACUUCUUGGAGAAAAUGGAGAAUCCCGAUUACUGGAGAACGGUUCACGACAAGAAGACGGCGAGCGACAUCGUGCUGUCGGACGAGCAGAUCGAGUUGGUGAACCGUCUGCAGAAAGGACAGUUUGGAGACGUUAACUUCAAUGAGUAUGAGGUAUUUAUGUUUGUUUGUUUACUUCAAACUGAAAUUUAAAAAACUAAUAAAACAAAUAACAAGUAGGACAAGAGGAAACUUGUGCAAACACAUCCAAUAACAAAAUAAUUAGCUUACCAAAACUUUUCUGUUUGUAGAGGAAGAAGAAGAAGUGAGUUUAACAUAGUUUAAUAAAAUAAAUCACUUACUGACAGGAAUAAUCAGAAAUAUGUAAUGAAAAACCUGUGAUAUUGAAAGUUUUAACUUUUUUAUGCACAAAUUAAAAAUGAAUAAACACACAAUGCUAAAAGAAAUAGAAAAACAGUAUUUAAAUACAGUUUAUUAAACCUUCGUUUUGUCAUUCAUGAAGAUUCAUGAAGUCAAAGCAGCAGAAUAUUUUCUGUUUAUUUUUUUAAAACAAAUCUCCAAGGAAUACUUACAUUUU